AUGCCGAAGAACAAGGGAAAGGGAGGCAAAAACCGCAAGAGAGGAAAGAACGAAGCCGACGACGAGAAGCGUGAGCUCGUAUUCAAGGAAGACGGUCAGGAGUAUGCCCAGGUGCUCCGUAUGCUCGGAAACGGCCGUUGUGAGUCCAUGUGUAUUGACGGCACUAAGCGUCUCAGCCAUAUCCGUGGUAAGAUGCACAAGAAGGUCUGGAUCGCAGCUGGAGAUAUCAUCCUUGUUGGGCUUCGUGAUUACCAGGAUGAUAAGGCGGAUGUCAUCCUUAAGUAUAUGCCGGAUGAGGCAAGGAUGGCGCUGGUGAUGAUUAUAUCGAGUUUGAAGACGAAGAUAUCGACAAAAUCUAGGUUUUCAAAUUGUGAUGGAAUGAACAAAAUUGAGUCUGAGGGGAGUUGGGAAAAAUUGAUGGGGCAAUUUUAUGCCUUGUGUUGUGAGUUGGUUGUGGAGCAAUCUUAG